GCCUAUCGUGGUCGAGGUGGGCCAGGACGCCGUGCUGCUUUGCCAGCUGAUUCCGGCCGAGGUCCUCGAGGAGAUGGAGGUGCGCUGGUUUCGGACGGACUGGUCCCAGGUGGUGCACCUGUACCGGAAGGGGCAGGACAUUCCUGAUAUCCAGAUGGCACAGUACUCCGGGAGGACGGAGCUGUUCAAGGAUGCCUUUCCCCAGGGGAACGUCUCCCUGCUGCUGAAGAAGGUGACGGUGGGCGACACGGGACACUACAAGUGCUUCGUAGUCUCCAAGGCUGAGGACCAGGAGGGCUCUCUGCAGCUGCAAGUUGCCAGGAGCAACAUGGAUAUUCUCCUUUGUGAGCUCCUGUUUAAACUGAACUGGCACCAUUGCCCACUGACACCCCUGCACCCUCCAGGUAUGGGACACCCGCCCACGAUGAAGAUGGUGGGCUACGAGGGCAACAGGAUCCUGGUGGGCUGCGUCUCGGAGAAGUGGUUCCCGCAGCCGUUAGUGUUGUGGCGGGACGCCGCGGGCCAGCUCAUCAGUGCACGCCAGGAAUCGGCAGAACCGGAUGCUGGGCUCCUGAGGGUGGAGAGUGUCAUCGCUGUGAGUCGCUCCACCCCUGGAGUGUACUCCUGUGUCAUCCGAAACCAACUUCUGGGCCGGGAGCAUGAGGGACGACUGGAGAUAUCAGGCCCAUUCACCAUACACGAUAUUCGACACCUCCCUGGAAUCAGAGGAUUCCUCGGCACCAAUGUGGAUGACAUCAGGGGUCUGGGAGCCGAAGAGAAGGAUGGCGUUUCGCAGCCCCGGCGAGUGUUGCUGCUUUUACCCGAGGUGCAACUCCGGAUCUCCGGCCUCUAUCCGGAUCAACUCGCCCCCGGUUUCAAGCUCCGGCCUGCGAUCCGCUCCGAGCGUUCGGCGUCCCGCCCUCUGAACAAUCCGCCGCUCCAGAACCGGAUCUGCGAUGCCAGGAGGCGCUCCGUCAUCCGUUUUGCAAGUAGCCAGGGAAGAAGUUACGAGGAAGUCAACAACCUGCGGGAAUACCAGAUUUCCCAUGAGCCUUUAAUUCAGCCUCUUCCCAAACGCCUAAACCGUGUUUUGUGGAUCGAGCCGCUGUUUCAGAACCGACCUGAUGAGGCCAGGCGGCAAGUAGGGAAUCUUCCGCUGUCUGAGGCGGAAGAAGUUUACUGGACAGGCCGAGAGAAACCACUUGCACCUUGUGAGUCCAGCCCAGAACAAGGAAAGCGGAUUGGAACCGGAUUGGAUCCGGAACCAGGAAGUGCCGCAGUUAACAUGGCUUCGAGAGGACAGGUCGAGAGUUGGAGCGAGGAGGCAAUUUGUCCCAUCUGCCUGGAUUUCUUCACCGAUCCGGUGUCACUGGAGUGUGGACACAAUUUCUGCCGCUCCUGUAUUACACUAUGUUGGGAAAGUGCGAAAAUAAAUACCUGCCCGGAAUGUAGAGAGGUAUUUGCAGAUGGUAAACUCAGGCCAAGUCGGGUCUUAGCAAGACUGGCUGAAAAAGCUCGAAAACUAAACCUGAAUCCGAAAGAAAAGGAAAGUAAACUUCACUGCGAGGAACAUGGGGAAGAAUUGAAGCUGUUUUGUGAAACCGACAGGACACUGAUCUGUGUGAUUUGUGCAGCUUCCCAGGAACACAGAGAGCACCGCUUCCUGACGAUUAAAGAAGGCUUCGAAAUUUACAAGGAUCGAGUUAAAUGGUUCUUAGAUUCUCUCACAAAGAAGAAAUCAGACUUCGAGAAAAUUGAGCAGCAACAGAAAGAGAAAAUUUCCAGAGUCCGGGAACAGUCACGCAGCCUUCAGUCCCACAUCAUAUCCCAGUUCGCUGAACUGCGCCAGAUUCUCACUGAGAAAGAGCAGCACGCGCUCAGACAUCUCAGGGAAGAAGAGGAGAGGAUUCUAAAUCCAAUGGAGAAAAAUCUUCAGGAGAUUCAAGAGAAUUUAAAUUCUAUCCAGGAAGAAAUCUCAAAGUUACAGGAACAGAUGGAUCAACAAGAAAAUGUGAUAUUUCUCAUGGAGAAAGUUCUUCAGAAGAGGAGGAUUAAGGAUGAUGUCCAGGAAUUGUCAGUGACAGAUGAGGUCUUUUCAGCUGCAAAAUUUGAUCACCCUUAUUUGUUGAACACAGCUCUGAGAGAAACGCUUGAUGCCGUUAAUCAAGACUCUGUCACCCUGGAUGUGGAAACGGUGAAUCCGGAGCUAGAAUUGACUGCGGAUCGGAAGAGUAUGAGGCUGACCGAGACCCGGAGGGACCUCCCUGACACCGGGAAGCGGUUCAGAGUCUGGGGUUGUGUGCUGGGAUUGGAGGGAUUCACAUCGGGGAGACAUUACUGGGAAGUGGAGGUGGCAGGGAAUCGGUACUGGAGUCUGGGAGUCGCGGCAGAGUCUGUAGACAGAGGGGGAGGUGUUGGAUUGAGACCGGAGACCGGAUUCUGGAUCAUCAGCCGGAUUGAUGACGUGAUAUGUGUUCCCACCUCCCCUGAAUCUCAUCUUCCUGCUGGUCCCAUCCCCGGGAGGGUGGGAGUUUAUCUCAGUUACGAGUCCGGGACAGUUUCAUUUUACAACGCGAAAACCAAGUCCCAUCUCCACACCUUCACUGGGAAUAAAUUCGUGGAGAAAGUUUAUCCAUUUUUCAGGACAUGGGAUACAAACCAUUGGCUGAGAAUCUGCUCCGGUUCCGCUCCAGACUGUGGGGCUCGCGAGAGGACGUGGAGAAAGAUACAAGGGCCUGUGCCACGGCGGCUGAGUGACACUGAUCUUCGGGUAGUUCCCAGGACGCACAGGAAACCGGACAUCGAGUGCUGCCGUAAAAUUACCAAUUCGGCGAAUGAUACCCGAAACAUAUUGGUCUGCCAUCACAUCGAGAUGUCCGCAGGGCUUCCCAACCUGGGGUCCACUGCCCCUCGGUUAAUGGACCGGGUUAAAUCUGCGGUAGAAUGUCUCACAGAAAAGAAAUCCGAGCUCGAGGAAAUGGAGCGGCAACAGAAAGACAAGAUUGCUGGAGUUCGGGUUCACAGUCUGGGAAUGUGUGCUGGGAUCAGAGGGAUUCACCUCAGGGAGACAUUACUGGGAGGUGGAGGUGGCAGGGAAUCUGUACUGGUGUCUGGGAGUCACAGAUUCUGGAUCAUCACAGGGGUUGAUCACGUGAUCUGUGUUCCCCCUUCCUCUGAAUCCCAUCUCCCUGCUGGUCCCACCCCUGGAAGUGUAGGAGUUUAUCUCAGUUACGAGUCCGGGACAGUUUCAUUUUACAACGCAGAGACCAAGUCCCAUCUCCACACCUUCACUGGGAAUAAAUUCACAGAGAACCUUUAUCCUUUCUCUGGACUUGGCAUAAAAUCCGGUGGCUGAGAAUCUGCUCUGGGUCUGUAAAUGGUUCGGGUCCCAGAACUGAAGUCAGGAGUAAGUCAGU